UUUUCAAUUUCGUAAUUUACACAAUAAUCGGGUCCUUAUUUGUCCUUAUAACAUUUCUAUUGUACCAGAUCAUGUACAAAAAAAAUCAACGAAUGAUAGAAAAGUUUUCCUAUAUCAGAAUAGACGACUUCGCACUUCUAACUCACGUGAAUCUUCCCAAUCGAACAUACACCACUCCCAUAUGUGAAAAUAUGAAAAAUCACCGGCAAGAUGGGUGCAUACUAAAUAGCUCCAAAAAUUUCAUCUAUCCAACGGCAUUCUGGUUUUAUAGGAACUCUUGCCAUACUGCGUCAUUUUACAACGCCAUUUUAUACGCCAUCAUGUCUGUCGCACUGUUAUAUUUAAACUACUUCAUGUUGCACCGGAAUGUGAUUAGACUUAACCAAGAAUACAAUAUCAUAUGCAAGCUCAUAAACCUGAACAGAAAACGGGUGACAGAUAAUUUAGGCCGCAGUCUUGAGCUGCUUCAUAAAAUCCUACCUAGACAUGUUUCUGAUGGUUUGCUGAAAGGUCAUUCGAUAAGUCCAGAGUUUUACGAUUCGGUUACCAUCAUGUUUAAUGAUAUAGUGGGGUUCACUGCCAUCUCCGCUCAAUGCACACCCUUACAAGUUUUAAAUCUUCUCCAUCAUUUAUAUACCUUCUUCGACAAGCGCUUAGACUAUUAUGAUGUUUACAAAGUUGAAACUAUAGGAGAUGCCUAUAUGACAUGCAGUGGACUUCCCAGAAGGAAUGGGACUCGCCACGUGGAAGAGAUCUGUUUAUUAGCUCUCGAUCUAAACUCCCUGUGCCACACAAUCGAGAUGCCCCAUAAAAAGUCAAAAUAUGUUGAAAUCAGAAUAGGCAUUAAUACUGGUUCAGUAGUGGCUGGAGUCGUUGGAGUUAAGAUGCCUAGAUAUUGUUUAUUUGGAGAUGCUGUUAAUGUAGCUUCAAGAAUGGAAUCUACUAGUGAAACUUCAAAGAUACAGCUCAGUUCCUAUACCUACGAUUUAUUGAUGGAAAGAGAUAAUGGAUACAUAUGCGAAAAGCGGGGGAAAGUGCUCAUAAAAGGAAAAAAUGAGAUGCAAUUACAUUGGCUAUUAGGCAAAAAAAACUGGGAAAGCAAAAGAGAUCACGAAGUCUGUCACUUUGUACCCCAAUGGAAACGUAAGAAAAAAGUAGAAGAAAAACAAGCCGAAGAGAAAAUCUAAAAGGAAUAUCCAGUUCCCUUUUCACACCUCUUCCAAAAAUAAUAUUUUCGCAACAAAAAAUUUUUUUUAAAUUAUCUAAUA